AAGUAGAUAAGCCUUCCCCGCCCACUAGAAAUAGAGAGAAGGUAAGGAGGGUUUGGUUUUGGGUACUUUACAAAUUACAAUAAUUAGCGAAAGAGAGAAGACAUAGCACAUAGAGUCAUAGAGACAUCAUCAUCGUAUGGGAAUGGAAGAGGAGAGUAGCAACAACAGCAGCAUCAUAGAAGGUGGUGCUUCGCUGCCAUCAACGGGUUCAGACGCCAAGAAGCGAAGAGUGACGUACUUCUACGAGCCCACGAUCGGCGAUUACUACUACGGUCAGGGGCACCCAAUGAAGCCGCACCGAAUCCGCAUGGCGCACAACCUCAUCGUCCACUACUCCCUCCACCGCCGCAUGGAGAUCAACCGUCCCUUCCCGGCCUCCCCCGCCGACAUCCGCCGCUUCCACUCCGACGACUACGUCGACUUUCUCUCCUCCGUCUCCCCCGAGACCCUCGCCGAUUCCGCCUUCUCCCGCCACCUCAAGCGCUUCAACGUCGGCGAGGACUGCCCCGUCUUCGACGGCCUCUUCCCCUUCUGCCAGGCCUCCGCCGGCGGCUCCCUCGGCGCCGCCGUCAAACUCAACCGCGCCGACGCCGACAUCGCCAUCAAUUGGGCCGGCGGCCUCCACCACGCCAAGAAGUCCGAGGCCUCUGGAUUCUGCUACGUCAACGACAUUGUCCUCGGUAUCCUCGAACUCCUCAAAGUUCACAGGCGCGUGCUGUAUGUUGACAUUGAUGUUCACCACGGUGAUGGUGUUGAGGAGGCCUUUUACACCACUGAUAGAGUGAUGACAGUGUCUUUCCAUAAGUUUGGGGACUUUUUCCCUGGCACAGGACACGUCAAGGACAUUGGGGUGGGAUCAGGAAAGAAUUAUGCAGUCAAUGUCCCAUUAAAUGACGGAAUGGAUGAUGAGAGUUUCCGUAGUCUGUUUCGAACCAUCAUUCAAAAAGUCAUGGAGGUCUAUCAACCAGAGGCAGUUGUUCUACAAUGUGGAGCUGAUUCAUUGUCUGGGGACAGGUUGGGUUGCUUCAACUUGUCUGUGAGAGGUCAUGCAGAUUGCCUUCGUUUUCUUAGAUCGUUCAAUGUUCCUUUAAUGGUCUUGGGUGGGGGUGGAUAUACAAUUCGGAAUGUUGCCCGUUGUUGGUGUUAUGAGACAGCAGUGGCAGUAGGAGUGGAGCCUGAUAAUAAGUUGCCUUAUAAUGAAUAUUAUGAAUAUUUUGGCCCAGAUUAUACUCUCUAUGUCGAUCCAAGCAACAUGGAGAACCUAAACACACCCAAGGAUAUGGAAAAAAUAAGGAACACACUACUAGAACAGAUUUCUCAACUUCCCCAUGCUCCCGGUGUACCUUUUCAGACAACACCACCUACCUUACAACUUCCGGAAGAGGCAGAAGAGGACAUGGAUAGAAGACCUAAACUUCGCAAAUGGGAUGGUGAAGAUUAUGAUUCUGAUCCAGAUGAAGGUGGAAAGGCUAAUUCCAAGUUUCCAAACGUCACUGACCAUAUGAGGGACAUUACAGAUGAAAUGGAAGAAGAGAAACCAGAAGUGCAUCCAUCAUCUUGUUGUUGAUAGAACAGAGCAAGUUCUUGCACAGCAUGUUUGUAUUGUUAUCUUUAUUCCGUUUAUGGGGGAGAUCAUUACUAAACAGUACCACAUGCAGCUGUUGAGAAUGCAAAUAUAAUCAAUACAUUGUGCAAAUGUAAUAUAGUGUAAAACAUUGUUUUGGUCUCCCUCGUAAACUAUUUUUGUUUAAGUCAUUUUCUUUUAUUUGGUCCCUGGCUUACACUUAGUUUCGUUUUAGUCUGUCAUGGUCAAUUUAGUUGAUUUUGAAUAUUCUCAUUUGUGCAUACUUUCAUUUGGUCAAAUGGAUACAUCACUUUAAUUUGGUUCUUGUAUCUUUUGCCUGUAUGAUGAGGAUAUUAAAGAAAGUGAGGAAGGUGCGAAA